AUGUCCAUGCUAGACAAAUUCAAGAAGGGCGCACAGAAGGCGGGCAUUCAGGCCACGGCUCUCGUCAAAGAAGGCUCCUCGCGCGUGGCGAGUGGCUCUAGAGACUUCGUGCAAGGAUUCACGCUGCCGGGGGAAGCUGAGAAGGCAGCAAAGAUCCUUGAGAGUUUCCUUGCUAACCCCAAUCAUCCCGAAUCUGCACUCAACUCAGUACCUACAGCCGUCCUCCAGCGUGCAAGAGGUCUCGCCGUAUUUCAAGUGCUCAAGGCUGGAUUCAUGUUCAGCGGGAAAGCUGGCUCUGGCCUAGUCAUCGCGCGGCUCCCGGAUGGAUCAUGGUCUGCGCCCUCGUGCAUAGCAACUGGUGGACUCGGGUGGGGCCUCCAAAUCGGCGCGGACAUCACAGAUUUUGUGAUCGUACUGAACAGCGAGGAUGCAGUCAAGGCAUUCAGCAUAGGCGGAAAUGUCACCAUCGGCGGAAACAUCAGCGCCUCAGCGGGCCCUAUUGGCACUGGCGGGAGCGUCCAGGCCACCUUGGCUCACCCUGCACCCAUGUUCUCAUACUCGAAAUCGAAGGGUCUUUUCGCUGGUCUCUCGCUGGAGGGCACUGUUCUUAUAGAGCGGAAAGACGCUAACCGCGACUUCUACGGAUCACCUGUACCUGCACGUGAUAUCCUUGGCGGGCGUGUGCCUCCACCCGAAGUUGCUUCGCGUUUGUACGAGAUCAUCGAGGCUGCGGAAGGACUGGAUGAGACAGGUGUCCCGCAAGCUGCAUACGUGCCUAGUGCUACUGGCGAGCAUAUGAACAUCGGAAGUAAUCACAUGGUGUUUGAUGCGGAAGCACAUUAAUGGUUGGUACUGGCUUUGAGUAGGCAGUGGUGUAUAUAUGAGCUCCAUGCUUUUCCCUUGUAUUGAUUUUUCUCCAGCUCUUAUGGUGUAGAUCUUAUACCUGAUUGCAAUCCCAUCAUGUCAGAUCCUCUAAUUAUUCGGGGAGGGUAGCAAAUAUAAUGCAUAUGUAGCACAUCCAGGAAGGUAUCAACAUCCAGUAAUGUGAUGAGUAAUAAUAGCAUUUAAAGCAUCUAAAGCAGCUCGACUCCAAAUAUGUAUGAAGUUCAAGCAUCUGGCAAGACAAAUGUAUCCCAGAAUCCAGCGGUUCCGUUGGUUGUAGCUGUAUCUGUAGCGUCGAGGCCCAGCAAUCGCAUCACGAGGUUGUAGAUCUCGACAUUCUGGAACCCUGGCAUCACGUAUUCUCCUGUGCCAUCAUCCUC